UUCAAUUAGGACAAUGUACAUUCAUCAACAUGUCGGUUUAAAGCAACAAUGUCCCCCAGUUUUACAGUGGAUGGGGAUUUCCUUUUUACAGUUUUUAAAACAUUUAACCUCCACUUAGCUAUCUGUGGUUGCAGGCCAACAGGUUGUGGUAGACUUUCAGGUACCUGUGGUUUUGGCCCAUCUGCUGGCCCAGGUAGCUGCAGACUGAAGUUGUUGUAGUUUAUAGUAUGCUGACCUUAUUUUUCUUUAUUUUUAGAUGCCUCGCGGCAAAGGUUUUCGCCGUACACAAGCCUUUAAAAGGAAGAUGGAAGACCCCAAACCACUGGAUGUCGAAAUCAAAGUUCAAGAAAGCACGUUUGUGGCUUGGUCAAGGAACAGGAACGCGGCAUAGAAGUAGACCUUGGCCGACCUCUUCUGCCAACAAUACCUGCAAACUGGUCAUUCCACCAGAAUCAAAAGACAAGAAAUUUGUCUUUCUUAUCGGCGACUCUCAUCUAAGGGCUAUUGUGGAUGGAUUUGCUCCUAUUAAAGAAGAGAGUCUUUACUUUGGUUUCUUGGCCGUCCCUGGAGGAGCAGCGUUGGACCUGAGAACCGAAAUCUUGAAUGCUGUGAUACCACGAAUACCUGAUUUAGUUUGUUUGUUAGCUCCAAGCAACACUUUGAAGAGAAGCACCGUUGUCAGUGAAGCUGGGAAACAGUUUAAAAAGCUCCUAACAACUGUUUGCACACUUUUUCCGAAGGUGUUUGUGUUGGAUUUCCCUCCAAGACUUAAUGUGGAUCCUCAGGUUCAGUCUCUUUUACGACAAGAAUUCCACAGAGUAUCGGUGCAAUUGGGUGUGUCAUACAAAUCGGUUGCUGAGCUGUUUCCAAUGAGAAAACUGCACCUGUGGAGCAGAGAUGGGGUACACCUAAGUGACGAUGAUGGGAUGAAAAUCCUAAAUAAAGCAAUAUAUGAGGCCUCACAUGAGCAGAUUCACAAGCCAACUGCAGAGACGGAGGUGAUGCCCACCAUGUCAUGCUCUCCUCCAAAGAUGCUUGAGCAGGUUCCCAAGCCAACUGCUGAAAAAGUCUCAAAGUUGCUUUGUACACCUGAGGUUCCAGUUGUGGCCCCACAAGAUCCCUUUGAAUGGAACAUUGUCGGAUCUCACAAUAAGACCUUUCCAACUUCAAGUAAACAAGAAAGCUGUACUUCGCCAAAGAGAGUACUCCAUUUAAAGGUGGAAGAACAAAUGGACUUUUCUGUGGAGCUCAAUCCAAAGUGGUUUGAUGGUGAAAUGCUGGAAAUAUUGGGGGAUGGCAACACACCAACUUUUGGAGAUGCUUCUAUUGCGCCAUUUCAAAAAACAAAGGCUUCUCCAACUUCAAGCCAACAUCAAAGCUGUGCUUCACCAAAGAAAGCACCACAUCUACAGGUGGAAGAAGAAUUGGAGCAGUUUUCGGUGGAGCUGAAUCCAACUGCACCAUUUCAAAAAACAAAGGUAAUCCUGAUGUGUUAACAUGCAUAAUGUAUACUUUUGGCCCCAAACACAUUGUUGGCA